AUAAAACUUUUUAAGAAAAUUAAUUAAAAACUGGAAAAAAAAUAGAUAGGAGCACACAGGAAUGGAGGAAUUGACAAAGUGCCAAUUGGCAGUUUUUCAAGAGUUGUUCAACAUUAUUGACGUUGAACAGGAUGGCAGCGUUACCUACAAGGAGCUGAGCGUUGUCCUGCGCGCAUUGGGCGGCAAUCUGCCCGAUGGGGUUAUCCAUGACAUGAUCAAUGAGUCGGACGAGGAUGGCAAUGGUUCUCUGGACUUUAACGAGUUCACUAAAAUACUGUUACGCCGAAUGUCCGAUACGGAUCGGCCCGAGGAUCUGCGCGAGACAUUUACAUUGUACGACAAGGACAACAAUGGCUUCAUUUCGGCAGCUGAAUUGCGCACAAUUUUUGCAUUAAUUGGCAUGAAAGUGUCCGAUGAGGAGAUUGAGGAAAUGAUUCGCGAGGCGGACCUAGACGGCGAUGGGGUUUUGUUGUACGAAGAAUUCGCCAACAUGAUGACCUCAUUGGACGAGAGUUAACAUAAUAAUAA